CGCAGCCAGGCCUCAUGGGAGUGCAGGGGCUCUGGAAGCUGCUGGAGUGCUCGGGCCGGCCGGUGAGCCCCGAGACGCUGGAGGGGAAGAUCCUGGCUGUGGACAUUAGCAUUUGGCUAAACCAGGCUCUCAAGGGAGUCCGAGAUCGCCAUGGCAACUCCAUCGAGAACCCCCACCUCCUCACCUUGUUCCAUCGGCUCUGCAAGCUCCUGUUUUUUCGAAUUCGUCCAAUUUUUGUGUUUGACGGAGAUGCUCCGCUACUGAAGAAACAGACUUUGGCCAAGAGAAGACAGAGGAAGGAUUUAGCCAGCAGCCACUCCAGGAAAACCACAGAGAAGCUUCUGAAGACGUUUUUGAAAAGACAAGCCAUCAAAACUACCCUGAAGACCAAAAGGAGUGACCCGCUCCCCAGCCUGACGGAGGUUCGCCACCAGGAGGAUAUCUUUGCUCUGCCGCCCUUACAGGAAGAAGCAAAGAACAGCUCAGAAGAGGAAGAUGAAAAAGAAUGGCAAGAGAGGAUGAGCCACAAGCAAGCACUACAGGAGGAGUUCUUCCAUAACCCGCAGUCCAUCGACAUCGAGUCCGAGGACUUCACCAGCCUGCCCCCCGAGGUGAAGCACGAGAUCCUGACCGACAUGAAGGAGUUCACCAAGCGCAGGAGGACGCUGUUCGAAGCAAUGCCAGAGGAGUCCAAUGACUUUUCACAGUACCAGCUCAAAGGCCUGCUGAAGAAGAACUACCUAAACCAACACAUAGAAAACGUCCAGAAGGAGAUGAACCAGCAGUGUUCGGGCCAGAUCCAGCGGCAGUAUGAGCAGGAGGGGGGCUUCCUUAGAGACGUGGAGUCCCGCCGGGUGGUCUCGGAGGACACAUCUCACUAUAUCCUCAUCAAAGGCGUCCAGGCCCCGCCUGAGGCCACUGACCAGGCACGGCCACCCCCCAGCCAGCCGCCCAGCACCCGAGCCUCGCCAGAGCCUCGGCCCCUGUCCCCGCGCCCCCCGGCCGCGCGCUCCCCAUCCCCGCGGACGCUGCGGGCCCUGCAGGCCGCCCUGCUGGGCAGCGGCUCAGACGAGGACAGCGAACCCGGGCCACGGGAAGGCGCUGUGUCGCCGGCCACCCUCCGGGCCAUCCAGAGAGCGCUGGACGAAGAUGAGGACCUCGACAGGGACACGGGCAUGGCCGGCCCCGAUGCGCAGACCCCGCCGGGUGCUCCUGCCGUGCCGCAGCGGCCCUACCAGGAUGAGGGCGAGGGCCUCGCCCCCAUCGUCCCGGAGCAGGCACCGAGCAGGGCCCCUUGGGCUUGCCCCUGGACACCGGCCUCAGGCCUCGCGCGGGAGGAAGGAGUGAGGCCCGCGCCCACUACCAGCAGUGGGAGGGCACUGUCCCUGACGCCCUCGCCCCAGGCGCAGACACCUCCCAGGACACCGGGGGCCAGCCUCAGCGCCGCCGUGGCCAGCCAGCAAGACCCCUGUGCUACAGGGGAUCAAUGCGCGCCCCAGACCCCAAAGCGCACAGCUGCCUACCCCGAGGCCGCCAGGCCCGCCACAGGCCCUGGCCCCGGAAUGGCAGGGGCACUGGACCUGGGACUGCAGGGAGGAUCCAGCAUCCAGGGAAUACCCGGCAGCUUCAUUGAAGUGGAGAGUGUCGUUGAAAACGAUGAGCUUCAAGCUGAGCUGCAUGCCAGCUCCAGCUCCAGCUCCAGCUCCAGCUCCUCCUCUGAACCAGAGGAAGGGGCGGCUCCGGCCCCUCAGGGGGAUGAAGACUCCAUGGACUCUGAGGGCCUUCCCCAGGGCAGCUCUGAAGGCCAGGCCUCGGAUAUCGACUCACCCAAGACACCCAACGAGGCUGAAGGAGACGCACACGAGUCACCCAAUGAAUGGCAGGAUAUUGAUUUGGAGGAGCUGGAAACCCUGGAGAAUGACCUUUUAGCCCAACAGAACGAACUGAAAGCUCAAAAGCAGCACCAGGAGCGGAUGGCAGCCUCCGUGACGGCGCAGAUGUUCCUGGAGAGUCAGGAACUUCUGCGUCUCUUCGGUGUCCCCUACAUCGAGGCCCCCAUGGAGGCGGAGGCACAGUGCGCCCUCCUGGAUCUCACCGACCAGACUUCCGGAACCAUCACAGACGACAGUGAUAUCUGGCUGUUUGGGGCCCGGCACGUCUACAAAAACUUUUUUAAUAAAAACAAGUUUGUGGAAUAUUACCAGUACGUGGACUUCCACAACCAGUUGGGGUUGGACCGGAGCAAACUAAUCAACCUGGCGUACCUGCUGGGAAGCGACUAUACAGAAGGUGUCCCCAGCGUGGGCUGUGUCACGGCCAUGGAGAUCCUCAACGAGUUCCCGGGGCGCGGCCUGGAGCCUCUCCUGAAGUUCUCGGAGUGGUGGCGCGAGGCCCAGCAGAGCCAGAAGGUGCGGCCCGACCCACGCGACACGCGUGUCAAGAAGAAGCUGCGCACGCUGCACCUGGCGCCCGGCUUCCCCGACCCCGCCGUGGCCGACGCCUACCUGCGGCCCGUGGUGGACGAGUCCACGGGCGCCUUCCUCUGGGGCAGGCCCGACCUGGACCGGAUCCGGGAAUUCUGUCAGCGCUACUUCGGCUGGAGCAGGACCAAGACGGACGAAUCCCUGCUCCCGGUGCUGAAGCAGCUGAACGCCCAGCAGACGCAGCUCCGGAUCGACUCCUUCCUGCGUGUGGCGGAGCAGGAGCGGCGGGAUGCCAAGGGCAUCCGGAGCCGGAGCCGGCGGCUGGACCGGGCCGUGACCUGCCUGCGGAGGAAAGAGCGGGAGGGUGCCGAAGCCGAGCCCGAGCCCGAACCCGACCCCGAGCCCGGCCCGCGGUCCCGGGGCGCCAAGCGGGCGCGCGGUGGCUUCCUGGGGGCUGGCCGCCUGUCCCCUUCUUCUUCUGACGAGGGCCCCCACAGGGACGCCGGUCGCCGCGCCCCGUCGGUCGCGCCCCCCGUGCCCACACGGAGCCCCCCGAGACGGGCUGGGGCCGGGAGCACCAGCAGCUCGAGCGGGGAGGACGACGAGCCGGCGGCGCGCGGCCUGGUGACAGCCAAACCCGUGUUUGCGGCCAAGCAAAGCAGAGGCGGCAAUGCAGACGAGGCUGUGGUGGCAGAGAUCCUGGCCAGGUGCUCUGUGCCUGCCCUCAUCACCACCACCUCAUGGGAGGCCUUUCAUUUCGUGGAUAACGAGAUUCGCAUCACGGAAGCCAUGGACUGCUAUGGCGCCGUGGUCUGGCCAUCGGCCCUUGUUCUGUGUCAUUUCCUGGAAACGAAUGCAAAGCAGUACGACUUGGCUGACAAACAUGUGAUUGAGAUUGGGGCUGGCACAGGGCUCGUGUCCAUCGUGGCGAGCCUGCUGGGUGCCCAGGUGACGGCCACCGACUUACCCGAGUUACUUGGAAACUUGCAGUAUAAUGUUUCACGAAACACGAAAAUGAAGUGCAGGCACCCUCCGCAGGUGAAGGAGCUGUCCUGGGGUGUGGAUCUCGAAACCAACUUCCCCAGGUCUUCCAACAACUUCGACUAUGUGCUGGCGGCUGACGUGGUAUACGCCCACCCAUUCCUGGAUGAACUGCUAGUCACCUUUGACCACCUGUGCAGAGACACGACCGUCAUCCUCUGGGCCAUGAGAUUCAGGCUGGAGGAAGAUGACGCUUUUGUAGACCGGUUUAAGGGAUUGUUUGAGCUGGAGGAGAUUUCCAGUUUCCCCACUCUGCAUAUUAAGUUGUAUAAAGCUGUGAAGAAAAGUCGGAGGAGUGCAUGA